CGUGUAAGCCUUUGUUGCCUUGUGCUUCUGUUAGCUAACUCCCCCCCGAUUCCUUCGUCUGCAAAUAACCUCAACAUUUAGAGAGAGAGAGAGAGAGAGAGGCCAUGUGAACAGAGAGAGAGAGAGAGAGAGAGAGAGAGAGAGUGGAGAUCGAUACAGAGGUCGAAGGAGGUCUCCGGGCCCCACUCCCCAGCCUGUCUGCGCUCUCCCUCUCUUCCCCCUUCUGCUUGCUUGUUUGGUAACUCUCUCACCACAGCAAGAGGAGAAAGCAAGGGAAUUGGGCUUUAUUGAGGAAGCAGAGCUCGACAGAGAGAGGGAGAAGGAAGAAGAAGAAGAAGAAGAAGACGAAGAAGACAACUGGGCAAAAAUCCAAACGGGUCUCUCUCUGCUCUGAUCUUCCUCCUUCCCCCUUCCUCCUCCUCCAUCUGUUUCUUCCCUCCCUGCUCGUCUCUGUUUCUCUGCAAAUCUUCACCCGCCCCACCCAAAGUCUUCUCUUUCUUGUUGGGUCAAUCCCAGUUUUCCACCUGUUGCUCUGUUCGUGUCUCCAAUGGAUUCCCCGAACAUCCUGCCGACAGCUUUCGGGGGUUUCUUCGUCUGAAAAUGGAUCCGGGUCUGUGUCCACUUGGCUCCAGCGUCACUUGAUCGUCUCAAGUUCCGUCCUUUUCCCGUCAGAAUAUCCCCUCCCCCUGUACAGAAACAACACCUGUGCUCCCUCCCUCUCUCUCUCUCUCUCUCUCUCUCUCUCUCCACCCUCUGUUUCUGUUUGGUAUUCGUUAUUUUCUGUCAGCUGUUUGAUCGCCCUCCAUGGAGUAUCAGCCGAUUCCGAGCCCGAGCUCGGGUUCCGGGCCGUUCCAUUUCUUGAAUUCCCCUUUCGGUGACACCACCUAUACCAAGGUCUUCGUCGGGGGCUUGGCUUGGGAGACUCAGAGCGACACCCUGCGCCAGCACUUUGAGCAGUUUGGGGAAAUCCUCGAGGCCGUCGUGAUCUCCGAUAAGCACACCGGACGGUCCAAGGGCUACGGUUUUGUAACUUUCCGGGACCCCGAGGCUGCGAGGAGAGCCUGUGCUGACCCGACCCCGAUAAUCGACGGCAGGCGCGCAAAUUGCAAUUUGGCCUCACUUGGUCGAGCUCGUGCUCCGAUUCCUUUUGUUGGACGUCCGAGACAUACUCCCCAAAACUUCAGUGGGGUGCCUGCAGUACGAGGAGCUUAUGUGGGAGGUUUUGGCUAUCAGCAGCCCAUUUCUUACGGCUACCAACAAGGAUAUCUCUAUCCUCCGUAUGGGUAUGCAACAUAUGGCCCGGAAAACUUAUACUCGCAGGGUGUUUAUAACCCAUACAUCAGUCAGCAGCAAUAUCUUCAGUUAUACGGAGUCCCAGGGACUGCUAACUCGGCUGUUUAUCCCUAUGGGCAACUCUCUCAGACCGUUCCAGGAGGCCAUGGCUACAUGACAAUGCAGGGUUAUGCAGUGCCAGGUCACCAGAUUGUGCAGUUUUCAGGGCUGGGUGUGAAUGCAAUGACUAAUCCGCCUACACCAACAGGCCAAGCAUCGUACCCGACAGGUAUUGCCGCUGCAGUUCCGAGUCAGCAACCGCUAAGGUUUCCUGCUCCGACUCCUCAGUUCAUGCAAGGUGGUGGUUCUGACCACACAGCUGGGUGAAGAACAGAUCGAGUAUCCGUAGAUUGCAGCAGGACUAGGAGCAAAAGACCUGCUACUAAGAGUGGCAGCCUUCAAAUCUAGCCUUGCAAAUUUACUAAAUCUUGCAUUCUAGAGGUCAUACGGAGUCGUUCUCACCAUUUAAAAGUCAGAUGUGUCUUCUCUAGUCGCGCAUGCUCCCUAUGGCAAGAGGGAGCGAUUAAACCGGAAGAUGUGGGGCAGCUCUUCCAUUUCCUUCCUUCCCUUUGCUGUAUCUAAGAAAACCGUCUCAUGCUGUCGCGGUGCUCCAGGGACGAGCGUCCAAGACAAGCUUAGGUGGAUGAUGUUCAUGGGGGUGCUCCGGAAGCAGGAUUCCGGUGCACCUUGAUCUCGUAGGUGUAGAAACCACAGAAGUCGUCGAACCGAAUCAACAUAUGAUUCUUUUCUUUGUAUAGUCACAGCAUUGGGGUCUGUACAGUACAAAGUCUAGGGGUCCUCCGCAUUGUUUUACAGUUUGUGCAUAAUUAGAGUUUCCAUUUUUAUUGGACAUAAAAUUGUCUCCCCCCCUCUCUGUAAAUUGAUGAACAAAAUUUCGACAUUUGAAUUAACUUCCGAUAAUGAAGAAGUCAUCAGAUGAUCCCUUCUUUCA